AAAUGAGACUGUACCAUAAUAUAAAAUAACAAAAUGUCAAUCAUAGGACACUCUAUUUAAACACACACAUAAAAGGAUAAAUUAAAAUGAGCAAUGCAUUUACAAAUUCCAUUUAUAAUGUUACAAAAACGUAAGAAUGUUUUGCUGUCCAAAAUUAUUUGAUCAGAAUGUUCAAAACGUACAGUUUUAAGCGUUUAAAAUACAUUUUAUUUGGUUUACAUUAAAGACAACGUUAAUGGAACAUUACAUUGAAUAAUUUUGCGAACAUAUAAUGCUUUAAAUAAAAAAUCCACCUAAAACGUUUCAUAUGAAUGUUAUUGCGCUAUUAGAACGUUUAAAAACUAUUAAUGGUAAUUGAAGAAUGUUUAAAGAAUCCUGAAAAAUGUAUCAGUUUCCACUUGUAAAAAAGUUUUGAACACAAAGAACAACACCAAAAAUAAUGACGCUAUAGAUCAAUAUAAAAUGAGCUUCAAAACGUCAAUCAGACUCUCUUUAAAUGUGCACAGAGUUGCUGCAGGGUUUGUAUUUCUCUCAAUCCCACAUACCAAGGCUGUUAAAUUACCUCAGACGUGUUGGAGAGAAAUCACUGCCUUCAGGGGGGACGCUUGCCUGUGUGUCUGCAUAUGACUUUUACUGGGCGGCCCUUCAAGGAGCUGUGUAUUUAAAGAACAAAGUGUGAUCGAGGCAUCCUGACUGAGCACCAGGACUCCUCUGCAAAGACCUGGACCCCAGCUCUGAGUGUAGAUAUGACAGAGUCAAGCUUGCAUAUCAGUGGGGGAGCCGUCAGAUUUGGAGCCACCUAUGGAGGCAACCGUCUGUUCUCCGGAGCCAGGGGCGGUGCAGGCGUUAGCUCGGCUCUGUCCCGUUCGCUCGGCCUGGCGAGAGGAGGAGGCGGAGCAGGAGCCGGUCUCGGCCUGGGAGGAGGUUUUGGGGCCGGCGCCGGAGCUGGACUGGGUCUCGGCGGAGGGGCUCUCGCUCUCGGUGGGGGCCUCGGUUUGGGCGCCGGAGGAGCCAGAGCAGCGGGGGCCAGGGCUGGUGUGGCUCCACUGAGAACCCGUCUGGUUGGCCGAGUCUUUAAAAUCGGAGGCUAUGGUUUCAACCCUUCCUUCAUCAGCUCUACCACUACGGUGGAUGCAGGUGCCGGUCCAAUGCCAAGCAUCGACCCAACACUCCCGUCACCGGACAUGGUCCAGGUCACGCGCAUGAAAGAGAAGGAGGAGCUGCAGGCCCUCAACGAUAAAUUCGCAUCUUUCAUCGAUAAGGCUAGGUCUCUGGAGCAGCACAACGCAGUACUAAAAGCCAAAAUCUCCAUGUUUACUAACCCAGAGCAGGGUGGACCUGCUAGCUCUUCUAUCCUUCUGACCUCUGCCAUCGGGACGUAUAAAUCCCAGAUCGACGGCCUCACUGCUACGAAAGAGGCCAUCAUUGCUGAGAUUGAUCACUAUAAAGGCAUUAUUGAAGAUGUUCAGGCUAGGUAUGAUGAGGAAACUGCUCAAACCAAAUCUCUGGAGCUUGACUGGACUACACUGAAAGAGGAAGUGGAUAAUCUCUACCUUUCCGUCUUCGAGUUGCAAACCAGCAUCGGCGGACUGGAGGAUCAGAUUGCUCUGUCCAAACAGGUUUAUGACGCUAAAGUGAAAGAGGUGAGGAACAUCGUGACUGGUGGUGUGAAGUCAGCAGUGUCUAUCUCAGUGGAUAACGCAGCCCAGGCACAGGAUCUGACCUCAGCGCUGACUGAAGUCAAGUCUCACUAUGAAGUCCUGGCUCAACGCAGCAAGCAGGAUGCCCUCCUCUCGGUGCAGGACAGUCUCUCCUUGAUGUCUGUAUCCUCUCAGCCCACGUCUCAAACACUCACCUCAGCCAAGGACGAGCUCAGAGUUUACAAACUACAGAUUGACUCUGUGCAGAGAGAGAUCGAGAGGCUCAAGUCUCUGAACCUCCAGCUGGAGUCUCAGGUGGACGAGGCAGAGGUUCACUCCAGCUCCCACACAGAAACAUACCAGGAUCAGGUUCUCACUCUUAAGUCCCAGCUUGAUGAUCUCAGAAAGCAAAUCACUCAUUAUAGCCAAGAAUAUCAAGAGCUUCUCGCUAGCAAGAUGUCGCUGGAUGUUGAAAUCACAGCCUAUAAGAAACUCCUGGACAGUGAGGAGAACAGGUUGAAAUCCGGAGGUGGUGUCACCGUGCACAUGUCUAAGACUGUGGUGGGAGGAGGAGGAGCAGCGGCUGGAGGAGGAGGAGGAGGUCUAGGCCUGGGUGCAGGAGCUGCAGGCUUUGGUGGAGGUGCCGGUCUAGGUCUUGGAGGUGGAUUUGGGCUGGGCGGAGGCCUGGGAGGUGGUCUUGGGGGUCUAGGACUGGGACUCGGUGGAGGACUGGGCUUUGGAGGAGGAGGAGCGGGAAGCUCCUUUGGUGCAGGGAGCAGUUACAUGUCCUCCAGCCUGAGCAGCAGUGCCUUGUCAUCAACUGUUUACUGAAGCUUCACAGCCUCCACUCUUCAAGCCACAACAGAAUGCUGCGCUCCACGUACGGACUUCACGAAGAACACCUCCAUUAAGCAUUACGUGACAUUACGAUCACACCAUCACGUACAUUAAAAAUAAAAUGAUGAAAGACCAGUUCCCCCGACUGUGGGGUGAUGUUCUCUGAAUUCUGUACUAAUUUAACACCAGAUCAAACUGUCAGAUCACUUCCUGCUACAAUAAUAAAAGAAAUUCUAUUCUGGUUA